GGAGUUUUAUACACUGUCAGAGAUGAAAUUCCUUCUCUGACACUAUGUACAUAUUCCUAUUUUAGACGUCUGAAAUAUUUAUACAAUUCGUAUUCUAUAUCACAGACGAGUUAAUCAAUGAUCGUAUGCAUCGACAAAUCGUGUACAUACUAUACAUACAUACAGUAUACGUAUAAAUAUGAAUACAAAUUAAUCGGCUGAUAAGUGAUUAUUAUCAUGUUGUUAUGGAAACGUGUUAAAAGUAUAAAUAAUCAUAGUUUCUAUAGUAAUGUGUAAUUAUACAAAUGUAUCAUAACUGUACAAAUAAUUUUGGCAUAAAGCUGGUGAUGCAUUUGGAACAUAACCUCACAUAAUUUGAAAGUUCGACCUGUAGGUUUUAUUAGUACAAUAAAUUUAACUGAAACAAUGUCGGUGGACCAUAAUGAAAAAUAUAUUUUCGAAGCUGAAUGGUACGACAAAAUAGCCUGCGUCUUAAAGAAGUUUUAUCUGUAUUAUUAUCCAUUCGAUAAUACGGUUGAAUUGUUUGAUAUAAAAAACAGGAAAACGUUUCUAAGAAGGACAAAAUGCGAAGGAAUUCAGGCAAAAGAUUUCUAUGUAGGUGCCACUGUAACAAUAUUUUCAAGGAGUAUAAGGAUAACAGAUUAUGCGGAUUGUACUACACGAACAAAAUUGCAAACAAAAAUGCAAAAAACAUUUGCAAUGGUGAAACCUACUGUUGUUGAUAAGUUAGGAGAAAUAUUAAAACAUAUAGUUGCCUCUCAAUUUCAUAUUGCCAAUAUUAAAAUGGUUAGAUUGUCGCAAGAAGAGGCGACAGACUUAUAUCGAGAUAAAGAGGAGCCCAAUAUAGCGUAUAUAGUGAAUUAUCUCACUUCUGGUCCUAUUGUAGCUUUAGAACUAUUAGGUGAUCAUGCAAUUACACGUUGGCAAGAAGUGAUGGGACCGGAAGAUCCCAGGGAAGCUGUUGCUAAAGCUCCAUCUUCCCUCAGAGCAUGUUAUGGUAAAGAUAAUAUUGUCAAUGCGGUAUAUGGUUCUGACAAUGAGGAAACAGCACAAAAAGAAUUACAAUUUUUCUUCCCUAAUCCAAAAAGCGGUAAAAAGGGACCAGUAAAUACAGCAACAUUAGAAAAUUGUACUUGCUGUAUUAUUAAACCACAUAUCGUCCAAGCUAAACUAAUUGGAAAUAUUAUCGAUGACGUGCAAAAAGCUGGUUAUACUAUCUCUGCUGUACAACAAUUUUUUGUCAAUCUAUUUGACGCGGAAGAAUUUUUAGAAGUUUACAAAGGGGUUCUUCCCGAUUAUGCGGCCAUGGUAGGAGAACUACAGUCAGGACCAUGUAUUGUUAUGGAAAUAAAACAUAAAGAAGAAAAACAUGAUGUCCAAGGAGAAUUUAGAAAAUUAUGCGGACCUAUGGAUCCAGAUAUUGCACGGCAAGUGAGACCAGAUACUCUUCGAGCAAAGUACGGAAAAACAAAGGUACAAAAUGCUGUACAUUGUUCUGACUUACCGGAAGAUGGAAUAUUAGAGGUGGAAUACUUUUUUAAGAUUCUUGACAGCAGCUAGGUACUUAAAGAUGAAAUUACACAGAAAGCUUAAUUCAUUCCUUGUCUUAUUUUUAUCAUUCUAAAUAUUUCAUAUACAUUUAAGAAGAUAUUACUACACAUUGCCUUUAAUAAAUACCAUCCAGUUGUCAAUCAUAAAUUUUACCGAGGUAUGAAAUUAGAUAAUAAACAGUUAAAUCAUUGUUUAUGAUUAAACCUAUCAGAUGAAUAUAUGGAAUUUUAUCCUACUUUUUUAUAAUAAAGAAUGCCAUAGCAAUUA